AUGAGGCAACUCUUCAGAAAGCGUUGCCCUGUACUUUGUAGCUGUGCCUUCGGGGCAUUGCAGGGAUAUUUGCUCUGCUCACUAGCCUCAUUUCCAGUUGCAUAAAUUUGCCAUUUUGCGCAAAAAACCUCAUUAGUUCGUCAGCGUCGUGAAGGGACACAGCGACACACAGCGGCCGAAGUCGUCACUGCAACGUGGCCCACACGACGCGGCGCAGAGUGAAAGCGAAACCAGCGCCGGAUAACUGUUCGCGUGGCAACGAGCGCGUUCGCUUUGGAAAACGCGCGUGCAAUGGACGCGCGCAGGACCGUGGUGGUGUCCGGCGUCCCCGACCUGCUGCCCGGCCACAGGAUGCGGGACAAGCUGACGGUCCACUUCCAGAGCCGCCGGCGCAGCCGCGGGGGCGACGUCGACGCGGUGGAGUUUCCCACGGACGUGCGUGGGCUCGCGUUCGUCACCUUCGACCGCGCUGCAGACGCGGAGGCGGUGGCGCUGAAGGAGCAGCAGAUCCUGACGGACGCCGCGUUUCCUGAGGAACACGCCCUCACCGUGUUCCCCUUCACCACGGAUGUGUUCUUCUACGUCUCCGGCGCCACCGUGGAUCUCUCCAUGUUCGACGGGGACCAGGCGUCGCUGAUUCAGAGUCUGCGGUCCGCUCACAGGUCGCUGCGGUUCCAGGUUCUGCCCCGUGAGAGGAAAGCCCUCGUUGAGGGGCCUUUCUCUGCCAUCAGGGCCCUGAGAGCGGACCUCGUGAGCAGAACCGGCCGGCUUAAACCCAGUGUCAAACCUGGAGCGUUGCCUCCUAAUCCCAGGGUAAUAUCUCAUCACCAGUCCGUCGGGCCCGUGAGCCGCAGCGAUUCUGGCGCUAGGCGGGAACCGGGGGGCUCAAACGGCUUAUCGGCGCCGCUGCAGAGCGCAGGUGAGCGGAGCGAAGUCCAAAGCCGGCGCUCACAGGCAAAAAGUCCAACCUCUGCCAGACAGAGCGCGCACAGCUUCUAUGACACAGGCUCUGAGGCAGAGGAGGCGCCGAAGGCUGGGUCCCGGCCCAGACUGACCUCGGGACGCGGCGCCGGGCCAGCACAGGCCGCAGCCACGCGGCGGUACCGAGAGGCGGAGGACGGGCCAAAGCGGCCACCGGUGGACGGCGCCGUUCAGAAACACACCCCAGCAGACUGGGCUCCAGCCACUAAGACCAGAACCCGCCUGGACUGGCCUGGACCCGAGAGCCCACUGAAAGAGGUGUCAUCGUCCUACGCGUAUGAGGACCAUCCACAGGAUACUUGCAUCUGGGUUGACUCAUAUAUUUUCAGGUAUAUAGAAAAAUUUGAUAAACAAUACAAAAAAUACCUAAGAGGUCUAAGUGCAUCAGUCGAGGAAGCUGAAGGGUCCGAUCUGGUUCAAAUACGUUUGGCUGGGACGGAUCCCUGUGAGGGCCCGGCCCGGGUCCAGGAGGCCUUGGCCAGGCUGAACUCUUUGGUGGAGCUCUGGCAGUGGAAGUUGAGGGUCUACGAGAUAUGUUACAACAACAAGAAGCAUCCGAAAGAGAAAGUGAUGCACAUCUGUAAUGAUGUGGAAGUGAGAAACAAAUAUGACAACGUUCUUUACAUGGUUGACGAGACGAAGGUGAAGAUUGUCGGCUCUUUAUCAUGCAGUUACCUUUUUUAUUUCACAGUGAAGCAAAGACUAGAGUGCGAUUCAAUUUGAAAUAGAUGUAGUUCUCUUGGUGUCCACAGGGUGGCGCAGGUUUUCAGAAAACCGGCUGCAUUGGUGUAUCGUCAAAUUUAGCGUACGUACCUGUAUUUUAUUGGUUAGUAGGCUUAUUAAAGCCGCAGUGGCGAAUGUUAUUGCAUCUGAUCUCUCUGAAAAGAGUAGUAAAAGAAAAAGUAUUCUAUGCUUCUGUUUUGCCUCUAUAUAAGGUAUUUGUUUAAUUUGUACCUGACAAUAAUAACAAAUUCUGAUCUUU